CGCUAUAGCGCUCUGGAGUGUAGCUAGAAGGGGAAACCGUGCGCGAUCGCAUUGAACCAUCUGCGCAUGCGCAAUCGGUACGCUCGAGCCUUAGCUUAUUGCAGGUUCGUGAAGCGGAAAGGAAGUUUCACAGUAAUCUUAGCUGCAACAUAGUCCCCUGGCAAGGCUCGAGUUAUUCAUUUACUACUGCUCGACUGACUCGGUCCACCGCGGAGUAGCGCCAUGGCCAAGGUUUUCUUCCAUCUUUCUCUACUCAACAACUUCAAAGGUUCGAAACCAGUCUCCCUGUCUCAGGGAACGAGUCCAAUCACACAGGGGCCCCCUUCCCUCGGCAGUGAGAAGGGAUCCGAGUCACCAAACAAUGAUGUCACCAUUACACUCCCCCACUCCAACACUCAGUCCAUGAUCAAAAAGUUGAUAGUCGUGCAGAAGUACGAACCAAAGCCCGGAGAGAAGGGUCUCGCCGUGAGCCGGGGGGAAACGGUUCUCCUGGUGCGAGACGACGGGGAUUGGAUGUACGUGAGGAACGAGAGCGGAACCGAGGGGUUCGUCCCGAGGUCCCACCUCCUCUCCCCUUCUCGGACGCGCACUCGCACGUCCAGUCGGAGCGGUACCACCCUGAGACACGUGGCGUCCAACGGAUGCGUCGAGGUAAACUCCACCACAAAACCCGAGACUGGGUCCUCCGCACUGAGUCAGGACGAAGGUCAUCAUCACAUUGCUAAUGGUCACCACCACCCUCAUCAUCUGCCCCCAUCGAAAUUGAGUGCAAACGAGAUUCUCUACGAUCGAAAGAUGUACUCCCCGUCCCCCUCCAGCGGUGUCGCCAGUCUGGCCGACCAGUUUUCACCCGGGCUGUCCCACUCUCCAAUUCAGGACCGGGGGAGAGACAGGGAUGGGAGGGGGAGGAGGAGGAGGAGGAAGGGAGCCGGCUCAGUCCUCCAGCAGCAGUUUGGACAACUCUCAGGAGGCGGCGAGAACGCCGAGGGAAUACCUCGCUCCAACUCGAGCUCGAGUCGCUCGACGGGGGACUCUGUCUCGGCACAGCAGACUCCUCUCCACAACGGGAUCCACUACGUAGACAAGAACACCAACCACAUAUACAGCACCCUGGAGCAGCCAGCAUCACCCCCUCCCCCUCCCCUCCCGCCGAGAAAUGCGGCGGGCCCCGGGUUCUCGGCCUCGCAGCAGGAACCCGAGCCUAACGCCUACUCCCAAUUGGAGCGGGCUGCCCCUGGGAUUAGUGGUAGUACGGGGAGGACGUGUAGUCAGGAGGCGCUCGUCCAUCCCAGUCACCAUCACAACAGCUUCUCUGAGGGGUGGACGAGGGACAGGAAAGCACUGGGGUACCCAUCAAGGAGCGCCAGUGCUAAGGCAAGAGUGUACAAGGAGGUGGUGGAGAUCAGACAGAACUCUGGCAGCUCAAGAGGAGGGAGACAGAGAAUUGUUCCUCCUCCUCCUCUGAGGGUGUCCUCCGUGGCGGCCGGUGCUCGCUGUGACCAGCAGCAGGUGUUGCGACACCAACGCCGCCAGCAGAACUGGAACCACAACGAGACCCAGAUCACCAAGUUUCGCAAGACCGUCUGGGGCGUGUUUGUCGUGACGCACGACUUUGACCCGCUCGACGAGAACGAGAUAGCCAUACGGAAGGGGGAGCACGUGUCGGUGUGGAACCAGGACGACAGGGACUGGUUCUGGGUUGUGAAACACGCCAGCAGUGGCCAGGAGGAGGGGUUUGUUCCGUCCGGCUGUCUGAGAGAGGUGUCUGCUGACUCUAAAGUCUCUGUCAGAUCUGGUUCAGCUUGUCACACCCCCACUGCUGCCACCCCUGUUGGAGGGAAUUCCCCACGACUGGAUGACAUCACCCUCGACCCGAUACGCCACCGCACCCACUCCCAGGAAUCCCGUCACUCAAACCCCACCCACCAGUCCCACCCGUCACAACCCCGCCCUUCUCCGGGAGUGACGAGCCGUCCCGGGAGCACACGUGAGCGGCGCAGCUCCGAGAGCGGACCCCAGGUGCACAGAGUCCACACUCGGGAACCUCCUCUGAGUCUCACCGACGAACCGCUCCCCCCUGGCCCUCCCUCUUCCCCUCCUCCACCGUACACAGAGUUUGACACCAACAGGAGGUUCGUGUCCCUGUCGCAGCAGCCGGCUGAAGUCCACCACCAUUCGCAGCCGGUCGGCGGGUAUCUCCCUGGCAUGCACCGCACCAGGAGCCAGGGCUACGUGACCUCCAGGAGCCGUGCCGUCCACUACCCACCACCUAACUCUCCCUCUAGCCCUCGCGGAGUAGGUGGAGGAACACUGAACGAUGAAUGGAUAUCUGCCUCUGCGAGAGGAGAUGUGAAAGUAAUGACUUCACUGAUCACAGCUGGAGUUGAUGUGAAUGUCAAAUACUCGUGGCCUGGAAACUGUGCAAUAGUAUCUGCCGCCAGGUACGGGAUGACUAAAUCUGUUUCACUGCUACUAGCGGCUGGAGCUAACAUUGACCUACAGAAUAAGUUUGGAUACUCUGCACUAAUGUUGGCUGUCAGGGAGAGUAGGACUGAAGUUGUUUCACUGCUACUUGAGGCUGGAGCUAAAGUUGAUCUACAGAAUGAGGUAAUGUAAUGCCGAGGUAUUAUGUGUAUGAUGAGGUGUGGUUUGGGGAAUCAGUAUCAUGUCUCUCCUCACACAGCACGGAAACUCUGCACUGAUGUUGGCUGCCAAGAAGAGUAGGACUGACAUUGUUUCACUGCUACUAGAGGCUGGAGCUUACAUUGACCUACAGAAUGAGGUAAUACUAGUAGGCGAAUGCAUGGCAUUUUGGCGAGCACA